CUCAAGUUUGUCAAGAACCAAUUUUUUUCAACUUCAACCCAAACGAUAGUUGUCGGAGGAAAUUCCUUUGUUCCCUCCCUUUUCUCUCCGUCGCUCUUUCCGCCUCGCUUCUCCAUCCGCACCGAACACGAGGUUCGAGCCUGGUGUACAUGUGCAAAUGCUCCGGGAGGAGGGCGAUCGCGUACGUGCGAGAAAGCCACGAAUACUCGGCUCGGUUAGGAGGUGCAGAAUAAGUUCGUGAUCCUCCUCAGAGCUCCUGUUACGCUUCCCACGUAGAUGACGUCGACCGUGGAGGCGCCAGCUUUCGAAAUCUACUCCGGAGAUUUACUGAAUUUCAUGAGAUAUUGCAAAAUUUGGAAAGCGGAUAAAUUUUCAGCGAUAAAAAACGCCUUGGUUAGACUGACCGUCGGAAUAUUGCUGGCCUCGGACGUUGCGAUCAUCGUCACCACUCUGAUCGACUUCAAAAACGCGAGUAACGACCUCACCAGUUUCGCCGCUUACGUUGGCCCUCUCUGUCUCCAAUGCAUCGGACUCAUGAAGUGGAGCUAUUGCAUCUGGAAAGUAAAUGAGAUCGCUCAGCUCGUCGGAAUCCUCAAGAGAUGCCACUAUUUCGCUUUGAAGAUCAACGAGAACGAUUCAGGUUGGAAAAAGUACAAACGAGAAAUGAGAAGCACGCGUUUACACUAUUUGACGUUUCUUUACGGAUGGUUGUGGCUGUGCGUUUACGGUGUUCUGCACUGGUGCUCAAAUCCCAUAAUUCUUGAGAUGAAGGAGUCGGGUUUCGGGGGAAAAGGGUUGAUGGACGAGGAUAAUUCAACGGGAACGAGAGCGCGCUACCUUCCUUAUUUGGGAUGGCGACCUUGGGACGUGAGCGACAACACGGGCUACUUCUGCCUGUUUUUCGUGCAAUUCAUUGGGGGGCUGAGCUCGGCGCUAGGAUCGAUAACUUACGACGUCUUCUACAUCGCGUCGCUGAUGAUGAUUUGUGCGCAUUUGCGAUACUUGAACGAUUCGCUGACAGAUGUCAAAACCGAAGGGAGCUUGAGAUCAAAUGUGGGGAAUCUGAAGUUUGAACUGAAAUUGAAAAACUGCGUGGAUCAUCACAACGAAAUCUUGACAUUUCUAGACGCCUUGGAAAUUCUAGCGAGUCCAGCCAUGUUCGUACAAUGCUUCGAAAAUAUCAUCGUUCUCUGUCUCGUCUCACUCGAAGCAUCGACGGUUCAAGUUAAUACGAGUCUCAAGACAAUCAUGAAGCUGUGGAGCAUGCUCGAGUAUUUUCUCAGUGUCAUUGCCCAGCUCUUCGUCUACUGUUACUACGCGACUGAAAUUCGGACUCUGGGACUGCAGAUCGCAGACUCGGUCUACCUGUCUGACUGGGAACAAGUGACCUGCAGUAACACGGAAUGGGACGAUGACCGUCCGACAUGGAGGAUUCAUUAUUUCAUCCAAAUGUUCAUGCUGCGCUCUCAGAAAGCAAUUAUUCUCACUGGUGGUCCGUUUUACGUUUUGUCCUUGGAGACCUUCAAGUCCAUCGUCGGGCUCGCAAUGUCGAACUCAGUGAUCCUCCGUCAAGUUGUUGAACGCGGUUGACGAAAACGCGCUCUCAACGACGCGAAAAAACCACGAACACGAAUAGCCCC